AUUGUUCAGUGCGCAUGUGCAGUAGGUCUUUAAGAAGCUAGCUAUGGUGUCUACAAUGCUACUGCUGCUUUUAGUUGUGACAGUCUGCUGUGAUGCUCACAGUGAACCCCAACACAACGGUUCUAGAUUGUUGGUGACAUCAGAUCAACCUCUUGUCUGGUCAGAAAGUAAUGGCUACAUUGUAGCCCCACAGGGAGCCACUGUUGAGCUAACAUGCAGACCAGUUGGUAGACCCCUCCCUCCGCACACUACCCUGCAAUGGUGGGAGGAGGCCCCGGUUAUGAGUGGCCCCAAUAGAGAGGUCAUCCCUACACAAGGCUGUGGAGUUACGCUGAGACUGGCUAAUAUCACUGUAUCUGACUAUGGUCGUUAUCGCUGCAAAUGUGUGCAGAAAGAGCACAAUUUUAAUGAAGGGAUACAGUUCAACCUCCAGUGGACACAGCAGUGCAGCCUUGGAGAGCAGUUAGUGACAGUACUGCCAGGUUAUGAGCCCACUCUGUGGGUGCCUGAAGUGAGUAGGAGACAAUAUCAGAAUCGUCCUGGGGCAAAUGCACGACUACAAUGCCACUCUCAAUGGAACAGUAGCAGUACCCACUGGACAGUAGUGACCAGUGAUGACAGUGUCAGAUUGUCUGCUAAUGGUGGAGCAAUACGUCCAGUACGCAAUCCAAGAACAGACACCAAGUACCUAUGCCACAAUGGAGCUGGAGAUCACGUGUACAGCAUCUAUUAUUUAUCAGGGCCUCCUCCGAAAGCAGAGAUUGUGUUCCCACCAUCAGACAUGGAUUAUGUCGAUAUUCUGUACACAGACAAUGAGUUAAUAGAAAGUGAAGGGAUCAUUCACUUGUGCUUGAUACAACCCUACACUUCUAGUAGCAGUAUCAAGUAUAAGAGUGCCAACAACAGAACUGUCAGCUCCACGGCUACCACCACAGCCUCACUGAGCCCGUCAGGAGCUCUCCUACUAGAGGCUAAACUAUUGAGUGACGGACUGCUGUACUUUGUGAGGGUAAUGGAAAACAAGAGAGACAUGGACAAAGUUAUACGAAGGACUGUAGAGGGUGGAGUGUUCACCUGUGCAGUUAACAAGAAAAACAAAGUCUCAUUCAAGCUCAACCUAACAGCUGCUCAGCAUUCAAGAAGUACACCACCACCGCAUGAGGACUCUUGCUACUCUACCAACAACACAAGGCACAGACACAGAAACAGAGUGUCAGAUCCAAUAAGAGGGCCACGAUUCAACUCCUCACGUCCUGUACGACCUCCAAGGCCGGAGAAUAAUACUAUUCCUCGAAUCCCAAAACCUCUUAAAAUUGGUUCCAAGUACAAUACUUCCACUCCACGAGUCCCCAAACCCCCCAGAGGAACAACAAUCCCGCCACCACUGGUAGUCAAUGCCAGUACAAGUGAGCCAGUGAGUGCAACAGAUGUUGCUAUUGUCCAUCGAGGCUCCAUCGUCACGUUACUGUCGAUAGGAGGAGGUCUUGUCAUGGCAAUUGUGAUUGCAGUUGUGAUUGGACUGUGUGCUUUUAGAUACAUCCACAGAAAACAAAUUCACAAAAUGCACAAAAUGUCCCCUAUGAGUAAUAAAUCAUCAUUGCAUUCUUCAUUCUCAAAUCCUCUCUUCAACAUAAUAGAAGCAGAUGUGCCCAAAACUACAAUUUUAGGGGAGUUACAAUCUCAGGGGUUGGUGUACCCGUUCACUUUAUUGAGAGUAUGUGGAGAGUUGGGCUCUGGGGCAUUUGGUGUCGUGAUGCAAGCUGACCUUUUUGACCCCCUAACUCAAACUACCUCAACUGUGGCUAUCAAGAUGUUGAAAGACUUAGCCACGGUUGAGGAUGAACGAGAUUUAAUGAUGGAACUGAAGACAUUAGUACGCAUUGGCAAGCACCCUAACGUUCUGAGCUUCUUGGGGGCUACUAUCAAUCAAGGCAAACUAUGUCUGAUAGUCGAGUAUUGUGAAGGAGGGUGUUUGCUGGAGCUACUGAGAGCUAAAAGACUUGACACAGAAGAACCACUCACCAUUAGCACUAUGUUAGAAAUGGCCUCUCAAAUUGCAAAUGGAAUGGCUUAUUUGAGCUCGAAAAAAUGUCUGCACAGAGACCUAGCUGCUAGGAAUGUGCUCAUUACCGGACAGUGCACUCUCAAAGUGGGUGACUUUGGUCUGGCCAGGAAGCUCUACCACUCAGUGUACAGGCCCACACCAAAACGGCUGCCUAUCAAAUGGAUGGGCCCUGAGGGUAUACUGGAUGGUGUGUACACGUCUAAGAGUGAUGUUUGGUCUUUUGGAGUACUUCUCUGGGAAAUCUUCACAUUAGGACGAACCCCGUAUCCUGGUAUACCAACACACAGUGUCAUCAGGGCCAUACAGACUGGCUACAGAAUGCUCCAGCCUAGCGCUUGUCCUGAUCAAGUGUACAAUGUAAUGCUCUGUUGCUGGCAAAUUGAUCCUUUGCUGAGGCCUGAUUUUGUGGAGUUGAAGACAGUGUUUGACUCAAUGUUCAGUGAGCACACAGGCCAGUGCUACUACAACCUCCAAGAGUGUGACUGCAGCUCGGAGAGUGAUUACAGUCUACAAGAAGUUGAUGUGGACUAUGUCAAUGUUUUGCCAAGGGGCUGGUUCUCCAGUGGAGACUCUGUUGGGGUGUUUAUGCAAGGUCACCUGGAGGAGAAUAGGCUGGGUGCGAGACUAGAGGAGGGGAGCCUGUGCUCAGAGUUCAUGCAAGGUCACCUGGAAGAGGAGGGGAGCCUGUGCUCUGAGUGUGAAUGUAACGAACCCAGUGAUCUGAUCAGUGUCAACAGUCAAGCUAGUUUGUGUACCGAAUGUGAACUACAGGAGCUGCAAUUAUAUACAAUGUCAUGAUUCUUUGCACUAUACUUAUUAUGUAUAUUCUAUUCACAUUUUUUUUUAAUGA